AUGGAAGACACUUCCAAUUCUUUAGAUCUAGAAAGUCAACCUUCUCUUGAAAAUGAACCUGUCGACAGCUUACCCUUGGCUGAAGAAGAACACAUACCUUCAGAACAAAUUGCACACAAGCGUGAUCCCUCAAGAGAGGUCAACCACCGCGCUUCUCUUGUCGCCUCUCGUAUAAGUGCCAUUAUAGACCCUAAUGUUUUGGGAAGCUGGUUAAGUGCUGUUGGAAGCUUUGAUCCACCUCGCAGGAAGUCUCGAAAAAGAGCUACUGUCAUUGAUUAUAAUAGUGUAAGAAGAGGAAUAAAUACAAUUGGCCGUAAACAAGGAAAUGACAUUUCAAACUUUGCUAAGGAUGUCGAAGGUCAAGAUUUAGAAGGCGCUUUUAAGAAAUUUAUGGAUGAUCUAGAAAUUCCGAUUGCUAAACGCAAAGAGAUGAUGGAAUUGCCAGAAGAUAAUAAAAGGAUGAUAUUAGCACAAAACGAACAAAAUCAAGCUUUCAAAUCAAAUAACCAGAAUGAGCAAAAACCUAUAAUCAAUGAUUUAGAUGACUUGGGAAUUACAAAUUCAAGAAAUAUGAUAUCUCAAAAUAUAGUCGAGAAUAAAACUGAUUUGGAGCCUAAGACUAGCAAAAGAUUUUCUUUAACUUUAUGGACGAAUUUAGAAAAUUCACCUUCCGUGACGACAGAAGAAACACUUCAAUCACCGACAUCUGGUUAUGGAGGUAUCCUUAAUUGGUUCGGAUAUAAUGCAACAUCUCAAAAAUCCCAAGAUGAUCCUGAAUUCUACGUAGAAAAAUUAACCCAAAAGAACAUAUCCCCAAAAUCUUUGUCAGAUCAUCUCUUAAAACUACGUGUCACUUUGUCUACUGCCAAAUUAUCAUGGAUUAAAGUAUUUUUUGAACUUAAAGGUUUAGUUGCAUUAGAAACUGUUCUAGAGAAAAUCACUAUCAAUGCAAGGAAAAGUGCAAAACAUUCGGAUCACGACGAUCUGAUUCAAUUAGAGUGCAUCCGUUGUUUGCGCGUUUUAAUGAAUACUGAGCCUGGUUUUGACAAAGUCUUAAAGUCCACCUCACUCAUAUCCAAUAUUGUUUUCUGUCUAAACACUCGUAACAAUAGACUUCGGGCACAAGUUGCCGAUAUUUUGGCAGCUUUAUGUGUUUUAUCUUUGGAAGGACAUAAACACGUUCUUGGUGCAUUAUCAGAUUUUCGUAUAAUAUAUGAGGAAAAGGAAAAAUAUCGGUUCGAAUAUUUAAUUUCCACAUUAAAAGGAAACGAUACUGAAGACAGUAGUUCAAUUGAGUAUAAGGCAGCUUGUUUGAGUUUAGUGAACGCGAUUGUAAAUUCUCCGGAAGAAGUAGAACAACGCGUAUUAUUAAGAGAGGAAUUUGAACGAAGAGGAAUCGAUGAAGUUUUUGCCACAAUUAAAACUUCAAAUCCUCCGGAUUGGUUAAUGACUCAAAUUAAAGUUUAUGAAGAAGAAUAUCAAGAGGAUUUGGAUGAGCUUAGUGAGAAAGUACAGGAUAUUAUAAAGGAUACAAGUGAUCCUCGUACAAGGGUGCUUAAUCUAUUAAGACAAGUGGAAUAUAACGAAGGACUUGUUUUGCGAAUAAUCGAAAUCUUAAAGAAAUUGCUAAUGAUUGCUUCAAAAGAUUCGAAAGAUCAAAAUAAUUUUACCCUUAUAGAAGAAUUCAUUAAAAAUAUUCAAAAUAUGACUGAUAUUAAAGAAGACUGGCAAUCAACUAUGAACUCUUUUAAUUCCUCCGUUCAAGAUAUUGUGGGAAAUCGUUACGUAACUGUUAAAA